GAGCAGGGAGGGACUUCUGUGGAAACAGAAACUCAGAGCUGUACAAUAACACAUGCCCCUGUGCUGCCCUCCCCUCCCUCUAUAGGUUGUCCUCAGCCCCACAAACAGCUUAUCAGCCGCCUUGAAGCAGUCUAACUUUGGCACAGUCCAUGGACACACGAUGGGGCUGUGGAUGCUGCUGCUUCUGCAUUUACACCUUGGUAAUGCUCACUGGGGUGAAGCGACGGGCGUUUCCCUUUCUGCACCCUCCAGCGUUUCCAUCUCUUCCAUCAACUUGGAGCACGCACUCAGCUUCCAGCCGGGCCCUCAGACCCCCUCCGACGCCCGCUUCAUGGUAGAAGUCAUCCGCUCCAGAAAGCAGUCGUGGAAGCCGGUGCCGGCUUGCGUGGCACUCAGGGCGGGACAGACAUGUGACCUGACCAGAGCCUUUAAGGACCCGUUCGACCACUACGUAGCUCGUGUCCAGGCCUUCACGGCCACCCAGAGGUCCAGCUGGACGGUAUCGGACAGCUUCCAGCCGCUGUCAGACACUGUGAUUGGACCUCCUGACGUGGCGGUGUCCGGAUGUGGGAACUGUUUAAUCCUGCACCUCACACUUCCUGAAGUCUUGGCGAGCGAGCACCUGAAGGACAGCCACACGGACUUAAUCUUCCACGUACGACGAACCCGCGAUGGAGCGGAGUUCACGCUGCAUAUGCCCUACUCUGCGGAGACUGUGAUCAGCUACCUGCAGACAGGUGUGGAGUACUGUGUGACCGCCUCUGUCAGGCCUCACUUCUCCAAAGCCAUCCCGAGUGAACCUCAGUGUGCCUUCACCAGCCCUCCACCCAGAAACUUACUGUACAUGCUGGUGGUGCUGCUGGGGGCCUUCUGCGCGCUGGCGUUCCUCCUCGUGGCGUUGGUCAUCUACGGCAGCCGGCUGACCUUCAGUGUGCUGAAAACGAGACUCCCCAAAUCUCUGUCAUACGUCAUCCUGUACCGGCGAGGAAGCGCUCCGCCCGGACUCUCGCCUCAGAACUCACAUGACGACUGCUCGUCUGACCGCCUGAAGAGGAGCCACUCGGAGAAGUCUGUUUAGGAUGAGCCGGCGGAGCGGGUGUGGGGGUUCAGGUGUAAUGAUGUGUAACAAGUAUUUUAUGGAUGAUGUAGGUUUGCGUCUGUUACACCAACGCAGUGGAUUCUGGAUCAAACAAACUUUGAUUCAGUGGGCUGAACAAGCUAAGAUCAUUUUAACUCUGCCGGCUAGUCUUAAUAUUUGUAUAAAAGUCCUGCUCUGUUAGCUCUGAGCCUGAAAAUGGGGCGCGUGUAUAAAAAUGUCAAACUCCUCAACAGUUGAUGCAAUCCUUCAGUCUCACCUGGACUGUUUGAGUUCAGAUCAAAA